AUGAUUAGCCUUCCUUUGAUAACAGAGCCGACCAGACAGUCGCGACAAGGAGAAGUUUUCUCUCCUCGGGUCAACCCACGUACUAGUUCAGUAAUCUGGCGCCGCCGCCUACAACUCCACCAAUCUAAUGCUAGAAAUAAUCUUGGAUCUGAAGAAUUCUUUCCAAACACAGAUAUGGUGGCCGCAACAUCUUCAGUCAACGAUAGCACCCAGAAUUUGAUCGAUAAAACCAAAGAAUCUUCUCAGACCCGUCAAGAUGGAGAGUCAAUGUCGCCAGUGCAGUCGAACAGUUCUGGUUUCCAGGCCUGUCCAGUGCCAAUAAAAAGACCUCUCAUGCCAUUGGGGCCAGACUUUAGGUCGGUUAAGUGUGGAACUCGAGGCAUCACUAGCCCAGAUUACUGUGCCCCUAAGGGAUUUGCGAACUCGCCAACACGGGAUAUACAAAGCCAAAGCUCAAGGAGUUCCUUGGAGACGGGAUUGAGUCCAGGAAGCCUUAACUUGCACUUUCGAGACAGUCGAAUUCGUCGUUCUCGCAAUCGUCAAUUCCUACGUCUAGGAAGUGAAAAUCUAGAAGCUAAUGCGUCUACAUUAUGCCAAACCAUUAAUGCUUCUAAUUCAUCAGAGGGUACUUGUGAGCCUUUGGAUAAGAAAGAUACCCAAGUUACUUUGGCCAACUUGCACCAUCGUUUACCUGAAGAGGUUUUAGACACAAACGAAAUGCCUGAGCAUCAACAUUCUUUUAGUAUUUAUCGGGGCCCAAGUAAAAGCUUAAUGCUGUCUAAGUCGGCCGAUAUGCCAAGAACAGAGGAGCUUGAAAGUUUAGAGGAAGGAGAUGAGAAUAACAACAAUGAGGGUAGAGAAAAGAUCAGGAAAAUGGAGAGAACAGAUAGCCAACUAAAUGAAGAAAAGUAUACACGAAAGCAUUCAGCAAAAGGAAAUGUUCGCAUAACUUUGUCUAAUCGAAUGAAUCAUAGGAACGAGGAUGCAUUGGCUGAUUUGAAGAAUUAUAAUUCAAAAGACUAUACAGCUCCUUACACUUCAAAUAGUUCGUUCAGCAAGAGAAUACCAGAAGGAGAUGUUAAAGUUUCUGCUCAUUUGUUCAAACCACAGCUUUCUAAAGAUCUACCCCUCAGAAGAAAUUUCAAUAACGAAAAUAUUGAGGGCAGACCCAACCAAAGACCUGAAUUUGUUAUUAGGGUCUGGCGCCCGGCCAUUGUGGAGCCAGCCACAUUGGGUGCCGAGCAGCGCCCAGAGAGACAUACUAUACCAGCAGCUGUCAGGAUGACUAAACAGGAUCAAAAAACUAAAAGUACUCGCGAAAUUGGGCAUCCUUUCAUGCCGAAUCAGCCAGAGCACUCGACCCAGGCAAAUAUGCAAAGUCUUGGGGGGCCAAACGCAGCUAUUCGAACAACGGUUCAGGAUGAGGAAAGAGAGUCAGGCUCCGCUAACACUGUGGAGCUUGUAAACCCUACUGAAUUUCGGAAACAGCAAGGAAAUGGAAGAUCAAAUGAUCUUAGUCGUGUAAGAUCGAGUUUUUCUAACUCAUUUGAAAGUCAGAAACUAAAUAAAAUAAGAGCUUUAGAAUCACCAUCUUUAGAGCCUGAUGCUCAAGAAACUCAGCUUCAGAAUCAACAGAAAACCUGCCUUGAAAAUAAGCCCAAUUUGUCCUUAAUAUCUACCAAUGGAUUUAAUUCAGCUAAUUUGAUAUCCGAAGUUCAAGAAAGCAUAGGCAUACAGCAAGAAUCACAGAGCUUAUCAGAAGAGGUUGAUCCUGCUAGCCUUAUCAUGACUGAGGCUUAUCAAAAUAAACAGGCAGUAGCAGUAUCUGUGUCUUACAAGGAUGACAAUAUAAGCUCCCAUGCAGAAAGUCUCCAGUCGUUAAAGAGCGAGAAUAUCGAACAGGUCAGCGGAGCAUCUGCAACAUCUAAAAUCAAACCCGAAGUAUCUUCUAGUGUGGUUGCAGCCAAGAAAACUGGCCUGGAGACAUCAUCUCAAUAUGACUAUGGUAGUCAAAUGACGCUGAAUGAAUUAAACACUCAGGGCAAUAUUCGCCUAUCGUUAUUGUUUGAGAAGAAGAGCUCGCAGCUCACUGUCUUUAUACGCGAGGUCAAAGACUUGGCAGGAAAGCCAGGAAAUACUAGUCCGUAA